AUGAGCCCCGCAGUGGACCCAGAGAGGCUGCUCGGAGCUGUGAUUGCUGCGCAUCCUGAGCUGACUCUCAGACACGGACAUAUCGCGCAAAUGCUCGGAGACAAGUCUGUCAGCGCUGUUGAGCAUUCACUGCGCAGUGCCAAAAGACAAAGCCGCGAGAUGAUUGAGAGUAACGACACUGUGUACAAGGAAAUCAAAGGAUUCCUUGAUGAGCAAGCAGAGAGGUAUAGGAACCAGACUCUUCGUCAAGCUGGAGUCAGGGUGCCUGAGCCAACCUCGACCUCUGCUCAAGCUCCUACCCAUUCCCUUGCAACUGGACGACCUGUGAAAGGUAGACAGCCCGCGCAGAGCUCUGGAACUGGACUUGCUUGGGGUCUGAAACAGUCGUCUGCUGAGAAAACUGAACAACGCUCCGCUGCCAUGGAGAAUCAGCCUUCCGCUCUCUCCGCUGCUUCUGCAUCCACAUCGUUUGUCAUGGGACAGUCGCUUGGUGAUGUUGAUCGAGCUGUGCGUGCUCGUCGACCUGCUCAUACUCCUGUCGCAGCUGCUGCGCCGAAUGUUGCUGCUUCAUCCUUGCAAGUUCCGACUACUCAUGUUCUGGGCUCUCUUGAUGCCGUAGGAUACCACUAUGGUGUUGGUACUGCUCGGCGAGAUACUUCUGCCGCUGGAACAUCUUUCCAAAUCCCGGACGUCCCUAAUCUGACCUCCUUGGAUGCCGUCGAAUACUCCCAUGGUGUCGAUGCCGACCAGCAAGAUGCUUCUGCGGCUGCCUCAACCUUUCAGGUUCCGGAGCUUCCGGAUCUGACCUCCUUUGACGCCAUCACUUCUCACCAAGGUCUCACCAGCGGAAACCCCCCAGUCUUCCAACAUCAGUAUCAACCUAUACUUACCCCGAGGUUGAUGACUUGGCUGCUCCUUAUUUCAGUAGCCACACAGAUGCGCUACGAGCGGAGUGCCUUGAGAUGGCUUCUUUGGAGUUCACGCCCUUCAACAUCGACCCGUUUCUUCUCACUUCCUCCGAAGACGUUGUGCAUGACUAAUACAGCCUUCGGAAGUAAAAGUCCUCCUUCGGAGGAAGUGAGAACCUUAGGGGAUGGAGAGGGAUCCGUCGUCGCCAAAGCUUGCAAGUUGUAG